GUUAUUUCGUGCCUUUUUUCACCGCGAUGGACUUGUCUCACAGCGACGGCGAUUUCGAAUAGCUGCCCGCCCGCCCAUGAUGCCGGCCUCAACCACCCUUGGCAGGGGUAGGAAGACGGCUUGUGAGAUGUGCCGAGCACGCAAACGGCGCUGCGAUGGCCGCUUACCGUCAUGUUCUCUGUGCCAGAAGGCCCAAUCUCGCUGCAUAUAUGCUAUUCCGAGUCCAUAUGGUCAAGAUUUGGGCGUCAUGUUCCACUCAGCACCCAGGGAGAUCAGUUGCGCUCACCCCGAUGACAGUCCUCCUGAGGCGGACUUGUCCACGCCCGGCAACUACGAUCUCAGCCGCUAUCUUGCCGGUGCGAUGGAGCCCAGACACAUCUCCCCUGGCACACCAGGUCCCAUAUCUUCGGAUUCCAGCGGCUUUUCGGACAUGUCAAAUAACCUCCCGGAUACUGCGUCAUUACAGCAACAUACCUUGGGAUGGAUGCAACAGUUCUCCGCACAGCUCGACCUUCCCCCGCCAGAAUUCGACUCGGACCCCUCUGUCUUUGGACAUCCGUCAGAGUCUGCGCUCAGCCUCCCAGACAGUUGGCAGCAGAGUCUUUCCGGGCCUUCGAGUGCAGCAGCAGCGGUACCGAGCGAACCCAGUCAACCUCAGCUUCCUAGUCAAGAACGUGUCAUGCACAUGGUGAACAGCUUCUUCUCUGCUCAGCACCACCUCUUACCCUCGGUACACCGGGAGUCUUUUAUGGCGAGAUUAUCGAACGAUAUGGCUAGCCUGAGCUCUGGUCCGUUUCUCUGGGUCAUUCUCGCGUUGUACUGCUCUUGCGACAAGUCAGAAUCCAUGCAGCUACAAUACCGCAAUUGGAUGCAGACGGCGCACUCCAAGCUGGAGCUCAUGAGCACAACGCACGUGCGAAGCAAUACCAACAACAUGUUGCAAGCUUCCAUAUGGAUGGUCUUCGAUGCCUACUGUCGGGGAGAUGUCACAAACGCGUGGCUACUGCUCGGCCGCACUGCGCAACUAGCGAGUGCCCUUGGGCUGCAUCGCAUCGACAGUAAACACCGGACACCAAGGAUGGAAGUGGAGCUCAAAUCUCGCUCCGACAUCGAGGUGGAAGAGUGUCGCAAAUGCAUGUGGUGCCUGAUGCUUCUCGACCGUGUCAUCGUCUCUAUCAACGGCCUUGCUUUGUCUGUAGACGACCGAUAUUUCCAUGUUGAUUUUCCACUCCCAGAGCUCGAAUUUCAGGAGGCUCGAGAUUCGAUCAAAGGCAUUGAAAAGUUACGGGAAAGAUACAGUUUCGAAGCCUUUGAUCUGCUCAAUGGGAAUGUGACGUCGCAGAUGGCGAACAAACCCUCUUUCGGGCAUGUCCUGAAAGUUUCAGUCAUCCUGGGUCGCGCUUUGGCCAUUCAGAACAGCAUUCAUCAUGGCGAUACUUGCACCCACGACCAGCACCUGGAAAAACUCCGAACCCUGGAAAGCGUCCUCAACACGUUCAGCUAUGCCGCCUCGGCGUCGGGUGAAGCUGUUGGCCCGACAUCCUUGAUGCAGCUUUGGCUCAGGAUGUUAACCCAGUCAUCGAAAAUCUCGAUGCUCCAUCCACCCGGACCGAGCACGCUCGGCCUGUGUAACUGCCUGAGCUCUCCAUCGCCAGGCGUCUCCCCGAACAGGACGGACAGUCGAUGUGUGACGGCGGCCCUGAGCGCUGCCGGUGCAUUCAGCCAAGCACUCAAGGAGACACUACUCGCGCUGAACAACCCAUUCUUGUUGCCCAUGGCAUGCACGUCUGUGCGUAUGCUGGCACUGCUGCGGAAUCAAAUGGACGAAUCAGACCGAGGACAUGCCCGGGAGGUUAUUGAUGAAAUACUCAGGGUGGUAGACCACAUUUCGAUCAAAUUCCCCGGCGCAGCUGCGAAAGCUCGGGAGACGAUUAGACGGCGACUCAAUGAACUCGAACACGGCACGAGGGAGAAGGCAUCGACCUGCUACGUCGGAUUAGAUUGCGAAUAACAUUGUGUAUGUGUGCGGCUGGUGGAUGUGAGGCAUCGCAGAAGGUGGAAGUCGGCAAACGCACUUGAUCGACAAAAUGAAGCUUCAUUCGUCCCAGAUUUUUCAAAACAUCUGGUUGCCUGUGCUUUCAUGUUCUCCGAUGUAUCGUGUUUGUUCGUACCGCCUCCCGUAUAUCUCUUCCACGGCCCUCGGACGCUGGGAAGCAAUUGCCUUUGUGGACGACUCGAC